AUGUCAAGAAAUGAUAUCUCCCGUAAGGAAAAACUUGCGAUUUUGGACAAGGUGAAAUCGCUACCUCCAGACACUUCACAAUGUAAAAUUGCUGAACAAUUAUGCGUUCCGAAAUCAACUGUGGCGAAACUGCUCAAAGAAGAAUUCAUGUUACACGAAAACUUUAAUUCAACUCAAACUGGUAAUCAAAAACGUAAACGGGAAGGAAAAGAUCCCGAAGUUGACGAAGCCUUAAGUGAAUGGUUUUCAUUAAUAAUAAGUCGCGGUGUUUGCGUGUCUGGGCCAUUGUUGAAAUGUAAAGCUGAAGAAUUAUCCCAGAAAAUAGGUAACAAUCAGUUUAUUGCUACUGAUGGUUGGUUAAGCAGGUGA